ACUUGUCCACGUCACUCCCCAUCAUCGAUGAAGUGAUGCGUAACAUCCAACAAAACAAGACGUGAUGUGUCAAAAACGUGGAUUAUAAGGAGGAUUCAAAACAUCGAUAGUUUUACUUUGAUGAUAAUAAUCGCUGAGGUCUACGUGUCUUGUAUUUGGUUUAUUGUAAUGCUGAUGUUGAAAAUUUUAUAUUUAUCCAACCACGUCAAUAUACUGAUAUAGCUAGGCCUAGGCUAGCUGUGUUAAGUCGAAUGAAACAGAGGGAGAAGAAGCCAAAUCAUAUCGUGGAAGAAAAGCCGGUCUCGUCGUAGCAGGGAAGUGACGGCCGAAGCAUAGGAUGCGCGAUGGAUUUAUCUAAAAACAAACUGAGCUAAUUUGUUUGGGUAACUGUUCAAAUUACAUGUGAUCAGUUGUGCUAAUAUGGAAGACAAUGAAGAUGCCUACCAUCUAGUUUGAAUUGAGGCAAAAGCAAAAUGGCAGUUGAACAUACUGGAAGGUUUGGUUUUUGCUACCUAAUAUUUCUGAACUCGCUAACGUGUGGCCUGGAGUUGUGUACAUCCGCAGCUUUUAGCUACCUCCCACCAAUGCUGCUUGAGUCUGGUUUCUCGGAGAGCCUUAUGAGUUUAGUCAUGGCUAUAGGACCACUAAUUGCUCUAUUUUGUGUUCCGCUGAUGGGUACAAUGAGCGACCGGUGCACUUCAAGAUUGGGACGACGGAAACCGUUCAUUCUGUUUCUCUGCAUAGCCACUCUUUUGUCCCUGGUACUCAUUCCAAACGGAAGCAAAGUAGGACGAGGAAUAGCGUACAUCUUUCCAGUAUCUGCGCAUUCGGCAGAGUUAUUCACGCUGGCAUUAUCUGUGAUUUUGCUGGACUUUAGUUCUCAGGCUUGUUAUACUCCGUUUGAAUCUCUUCUGUCGGAUCCUUGUAAGUCCGCCGUGCAGUAUAACCGUAGCUUUGCUAUGUUUUCUUUGAUGAUGAGUCUAGGAGGCUGUCUAGGUUACCUUAUCACAUCCGUGAACUGGAUGGACAAUGCUUUUGGUCGCUACAUGGGUGAUCAAGAACUUACUGUUUUUUCUCUACUCAUAAUUAUAUUUUUUGCUUCGCUUGUGACGUCCAUCUGUUUAGCAAUUGAUCCGCCUUUAGAAGCCAAAGACAUUUACACAGAUGAGGACGUAACAAACGAUGCAAAUAAAAACCCACUUCUACCUAUCAAAGAUAAACCUCAAAACGAUAUAAAUGAUCAAAACUCUUUGCCCACUAAAUCUGAUGAUACAGAAACCUUUAUUUCAUCAAAAAAUGUUAAUUUAUUACAAAAUGGUUUUUGCACAUUUUUUAAAUUGUUGCUUUCACCUAUGGUAAUAGUGUUAAUAGGCAUCAAAAGGUUUUGUCAAGUUUGUACUAAAACUGCCAUUGCAGACACGUAUAAUGCAAUGCUUUCAAUGCCGGAAAACUUCCAAACGCUGUGGUGCGCAGAUCUUUUCACAUCCAUUGGGAUCGUGGGAUUCCGUCUGUACUUCACCGAUUUCAUGGGAGAGGCACUCUACCACGGAAAGCCCGAAGGUACUCAAGACAUGGUUGACAGGAAUUUAUAUGAAGAAGGUAUACGUAUGGGCAGCUGGGGUCUCCUACUAAACUGUAUGACUUCCAUGAUUUUCUCUGCCUUCUUAGCACGCCUUAUUCAAAUGUAUGGAACAAAAGCAAUUUAUGUGUUCGGUAUGGGAGUGUUUACCUUAGCAACAACUACCAUCCUAUUCUUGGAUAAAAUUGCGGUGGUCGUUAUGUUAGCAUCAUUAACAGGAUUUGGCAAUGCUGUCGUCACCACACUACCCUACACAGUCCUCACCAUGUAUCACGAGCAACCUGAGGUUUUCUACCCAGACAUGGAUAACCAUUCUAAACUCUUAAAUCGUAAAGGUACAGAUAUUGCUUUGCUAGAUGGGGCGUAUUUCCUGGCGGAGGUUGUCGCUUCUUUUCUCUUUGGAGUCGUCGUGGAGUUGACAGGGACAACAACCUCUUACAUUGCUUGUUCUGCUAUCUUCGGUGUCAUUGGAUUGUUCUUCGUUUCGAAAGUUAAAUUUUCAUAAAGUUUCUAAAAUUUUAUUUAUAAAAUACUUUUAUUUUUUGCUGUUUGUUUUUAUGUAUUUAUCGACAAUCUAUAUAUUUAUUUGUAGUUUUAACUUGUAGUAAUUUUGAUGCCAAAACUUGUGUUUGAUACCAAAAAAUAUUUUUACAUUGUUUAUAUUGUUAUUGGUACUGUUUUAUUAAUGUUAUUGUUAAAUUUUUAUCAUUAUUACUACCACUAUUACUAUUAUUUUUUUAAUAAGUUUUAAUAUUAUUUAUUAUUACUUUUGCUUUUUUUUUCUAUUGUUGAUAUUGUUCUUAUUAACAUUAUAAUUAUACUGUAGUUUCAACAAAACCCUACUCAUAUUAAUGGACUUGUAUCCAGUUUAGAUGCUUCUUCUGUGAAGAAGAUUGUAUGAAUUUAUACUUGUGUAUGUUUUUAUAUACUAAUUUAUGACAUAAUAAGCUAGAAUUUUGUAGCGUACUUCCUUACUUUUAAUGGUCUUCCUUGAUAUGUUGAAACAAUAUAUUCAUAUAUCUAAAAAAAUAUAUAAUAUAGUAUAUUAAUAAUAAUUAUAGUAAUAAUAUUACAUUAAUGGUAUAAUCAAAUAAUGAUUAUAAAAUGUUCUAAUCCCAUCUAAAGCAAUGCUCAGUCAGAAAGUAUACGGGGAUGUAGUUAUGGUGGGUGGAGCAACCCAGCCUCAAAGUCUUCCACCCAGUCUAAAGCUAAUUUCAUGGCCCUCCACUCACCCUUUAUUAAGCCACUUUUCCAUCCUUAAAUUCCACUCUUAUUAUUUAGAGUUGACCAAUGUUAUCACCCACCCACCCUUGAAAUGUCUAUACCCAGCCUUAGUUUUCACAAGCUACAACCCUGAUUAUAUGAAAUGUAACCAAAUUAACUAACAUAAAUCAAAGACUAACCUACUGUAGUGCAGUAGCUGGAGCAAACUAAAUCAAAGGUUAAACCAAGAAACUACAGCUCUAAAUCCAAGAUAAGCCAAGUAACUAAUCUAAAGAAAUCCAAGAUUAACCAUGAUCAAACUAAACCCGAGAUUAGCCAAGUAACUACAGCUAACUAAAUCCAAGAUAAGCCAAGUAACUAAUCUAAACAAAUCCAAGAUUAACCAUGAUCAAACUAAACCCGAGAUUAGCCAAGUAACUACAGCUAACUAAAUCCAAGAUAAGCCAAGUAACUAAUCUAA